AUGGAUAGGAACUGGUUUUCUAUCACCGGACUCCUAUAUCCUCACAUCCCGCUGAAGGAGAGAGUGAAGAUAGCUCAAAAUUGGUAUGAUGGGGUCUGCAAAGGGGCUGUUCCUCUCAAAUGGAAAACAAAACUGUUGCCAUGGUUGCAGCUGGAUUGGGACACACUGUUUCUGUCUCAGGCUGCUGAUAUUGGAGCGUACCAUCUGUGGCAAGACUCCGGGAGGCUCCAGCGUAAGCCAUUUGAAAUCUACUCGGGACACAAGGGUGAUGUCUGUCGCUUUGUGUUGACGGACUCUCACCUGAUCAGUGGUGGAAGUGAUGGCAAGAUCCUGGUCCACAGCAGGAGGAGUGACAUGUCAAUCGAGUUAUCAGGUCAUAACCAGGAAGUCAACUGCCUGGACUCUAAAGAUGGACUCAUCGUCAGUGGAUCCAGAGACCAAACAGCCAGGGUCAGAACACUUUUACACACUGUGUCCCGGGUGGUCAAGGCAGCCAAGCACUGCCCCAACGUGGUGGGUUAA